GUGCACAAAAGACUUGUCCUUUAAAUCGUAAUGCUAUUGGGCUGUGCAAGCCGUAUGCUGACUGCAAUGUGCUAAAGGGUCAAAUCAUUUUUCCUGAUGAAAUUUGUGAGUCUGGUACGAUUUGCUGCCCUGACAAUGCUGUAGUUCCAACACUGCCUACGCCGUAUUUGAUAACCCUCCCUAUAGUGCUAACAGAGCUUACUACCAAACCUGCUAUAACUAUGCCAACAGUGCCACAUGUGCCUCCACCAGCACUCACCACAAUACUGCCUACGUUUGAUAUUGUGGAUGAACCUACUUUCACUGAUGAGUUCUACAGGCGUUUAGUAUUGACCUUUGGUAAAAAAUACAGUAUUUAUAAACAGACAAGUAAUACGAGUACGACCGAUCAACAAAGUGGUUAUACAACAGUUGAUCCAUCAACAUCAAAAGCAGCAACAAUAGCGCUAACGGAGACUUUUCCAACAACAGAGGAUCCCAGUAAAUUAUUAAAUAAAUUGCAUCUACUCG